AUGGCCUUAUCAGCAUUGAUAGAGCCCUCAGGCUUCAAGCUUGCGAGCUUGACGGGGCUGGCUGCUGUGGCUGCUGUCCUAUUUGCCUUUCUGGCCAUCUUUGGCGUGUGCCAUGUAGUAUACAACAUCUUCUUCCAUCCUCUUCGACAUAUCCCCGGUCCUCUUUUCGCCAAGGCCUGGGGCAUCCCUUACACGGUUCACUUGCGUACCGGCAACAUGGCGCCCUGGCUCAAAGAACUGCACGAGAAAUAUGGCGAGGCCGUGCGUCUCGCGCCUUCUGAAGUCUCGUUCAUCUCAGCAGAGACGGCAUGGCAAGACAUCUACGGCCACCGCGUAGGCCAGCACAAGGGUCUCCCAACCUUCUGGAAGGAUGUCAACUGGUAUCCCGAGCCCGGCAACGGCGUACUAUCCAUGGUUAAUGCCAAUAAUGAAGACGAUCAUAGCCGCAUGCGCCGCGUCUUCAACAAUGCCUUUAGCGACAAGGCACUCCGGCAACAGGAACCUCUAGUACGCAGCUAUACCGAUCUUCUCAUCCAACGCAUACACGAACACGCUGCCGAGGGCAAGUCCAUGGAGGUGGUAACAUGGUACAAUUAUAUGACGUUUGACAUCAUCACCGAUCUUGCUUUUGGCGCACCUCUGCACUGCCUGCGCGACUCCAAGUCCCACGAAUGGAUCAGCAUUGCGUAUGCAUCACUGAAAGCCGGCGGUCUCCGCGCCACACGCAUGAGCUACCGUCUGGUCUGGUGGUACGAUGCAUUCCGCAGCCUGUUCAUGGAUAUCGCAACCAUGCAAAAGCGAUCGCGCCUCUUUGCCGAAAAAACCAGCGAGGCAGUGAGCAAGCGCCUCGAGCAGCUCGAGCAGAACCCCAACGACGGCAAAGGCGACUUUGUGAGCUACGUCCCGCUGCACGACGACAAAAACACACGCAAAAAUCUCUCCAGGAAGGAACUCGACACAAACGCCGUGCUAUUCAUGAUUGCAGGCAGCGAAACCACGGCCACCACCCUCGCCGGCAUCUCAUUUCUGCUCCUCAAGCACCCCGAUGCCCAUGCCAAGCUCACGCACGAAAUCCGGACCACGUUUGCGGCCGCUGAGGAUAUUACGUUUGAGAGAACAGCGCGCCUGGAGUACCUGACUGCCGUCAUCACCGAGGCUCUGCGCGUGUACCCGCCGGUGCCCACGGGCUUUGCGCGCAAGGCCCCACGCGGCGGCGGCUUCGUAUCUGGCUACUUUGUCCCAGAGGGCACCAGGCUGUAUGUCAGCCAGCACGCGGCGAACCACUCGACACGCAACUUUGUCAAUCCCGAUAAAUUCGCGCCAGAGCGCUGGCUCGGCGCCGAGGAAUACAAGGCGGAUAACAAGGCCGUUGCGAAUCCGUUUAGCUUUGGUCCUGCAAAUUGUAUUGGGAAGAAUCUCGCAUGGAACGAACUGCGCCUUGCCCUCGCACAAAUCCUGUUUGAAUUCGACCUUGAGCUCGUGGACAAGCAGCACGAUUGGCUCAAUGACCAGAAGGUUUUUACCCUCUGGGAGAAGAAGGAUUUGCAUAUCAAGUUUAAGCCUGUUCGUGGGCGGACUUAGAUGGCCCUCUCACCUCACCUUACCUCUUCUUUCUUUUAGCCACUUUCGUUUUUCUUCUAAUCAUUUUUUCCCCUUCUUUCUGCAAUGUUGUUUAGAUUGAUUGCAGGUUUCUUUAUUGUAUAUUGCUGUUAUUAGCGGUACGCGGAAGUCUGCACUUCCUUCUUCUUCUUCUUUAAGUUUUUUUCUGUUCUUUUCUUUUCUUUUCUCUCCAUGUCCUUUUGUUCUAAC